AUGCCCCCACUCUGUCCUAACUCUCCUCUCCAAGUACUGGAUGAAAUUGGGGGACACAAGGUUGGAGGUCAGAUCAAGCGGCAUACAACAAUUUUGUGGAAAGCAACUGAUAUUCCAAGCGAAAGGGAAGAAUGGGAGAGCGGGGCUCGUCCUCGGCCCUUCGUCUCGCAAGCCGCGCCGCCGCCGGCUCGGCCGCUGGCACUGCUCCGCCCGCCGCUCACCUUGUGGGUCUGGAGCGGGCGGCACCAGCGGGGACGCGGGCGUGUGCGUGUGCCAGGGCCCGCAGUUCAGGCGGCCGUUGCUAUUCCGCCCCGCUCAUCUUCUCCGGGCUUGUUGCUCAGACGCAGCGCCUUUCUCCGCUCCCUCUCGGUCCUCCCGGGCCUGCGCUUAUCUCGACUACGACUUCGUCAUGCCGCCUCCUUGGACACCCGCUUCCCACUUGCUCACCCUCCCGCGGUGCUUGCACGACGAGCAGGCCGUUGCCCUUGCAGCCUCCCACCUUUGGCAGGCCAGCGGCGGCACAAGAGCCCUAUUGUAUUAUUGACACCGCCGCCGCCGCCGCCGCCUCCCUGGCUCCGCCUCUUCCCCUUCCCUUCUUUCCCCUUCCCUUCUCUUCCACCCUGCCAGCGGCAGCUCCAACUCUCGCUUUGGUCCGGGCUCGGCUGCUUGCCACCUGCACGCUUGAAAGAGGCUCCCAAGACGUUGACAAUGAACGAUACAAGAAAGGAAGAUUAUUUCACCUCUCUCCCAACACACAGCGAUGCCUACUUGGCUAUUCCGAGUAGCGCACCUAUGCCAUGUAAGAAGAAAAUAGUAUUUUAUACUACUCUCUGUGCUCCUGCAAUCCUGGAAAGGCGGCUUUGUAACGUACUAUUGCUCAACUGAUGGAAGGAAAAGUACCUUCCUUCGAAAUCAACGAGCAACUCACCAGUGCAUAAGCUGUGAAGAGAGGAAAGUACAGCUCUAAGAAGUGGGCAAAGAUCACCCCCAGCUGUGUUAGUGUAAGUCAGAAACAGCAAGAAUUAGAAUUCUCUGUGACUGUAGUUACACAUCAUUGGGUGCUGCCUCAUGCAAGUUCAGUCUCACUUUCAAUCUAACCAGCAACAGCAACAUAGAUAUUAAUGAAAUUUGUGCUAAAAUAUAUACUAGCAUAACAGGAACUAACUAGAAACUAAGCUGCAGAAGAAUGGGUACUUAUCUUCAUACAGAUACAGUAUUAUGUUCAGUUUGCUUAAGACUAAGUAGCUCGGUAGUUUAUGAAGAAGCUGUCAUAUGCCAAUAAUUCAAAUGUGCAUGGAAGGCACAUUGAAUCCAGCCUUUCAAAGUUUCUAACUUUAUAGAUAGUGUAGAAGCUUCUUACAUUUUGGAAGGUGUAGAUAGCAGUCCAGUCACAUAAGCAGACAAGAACUAGAACCCCUGAAAUAUGCUGCAGCACUGCCAUCUCCCAUUUUAUCAGACAUUAAGGAAUUUAUUGCAUUAGAAAGCUGCUAACUCACAUUCACUCAACUUACACGAAUGGAGACUCACGAGUGUCAGAACAGGGCUGAAUGUAACAUGAAAUUGUUCACUCUGGGCACAAAGUGAUGUUCUACUUAAUGGCAAACUAGAACAUUUUCCCUCCAAUUUUAAGAAGCUGCAGGUAGAACUAGUUUUAUGACAUAACAAGGGGCAUCAGAUGGGGAUGCAGUCUCAAGCCCUCCCCCGCUGAGAAGACAUUGUUGAUUCUUGCAUAUGAUAGCCAGAAACAGGUAGGCUUAAAAAUGUAGGUGGGGAAAGGUGUACCUUUCAAGCUACAAAAUAUUCCAUAUAUUGUGGACAUUAGGCAUACAGUCAUAAUGGCUGUCAACUAAGGUUAAAAAUGAAAGCUUUAGCAAAUCUAGGAAGACUCUUGCACAUCUAUCCACAUGUACAGCUUUCAUAAAAUAUGAAGAAUUACCAGAAGAGAAACUCAGUUCAAACUCAGGCAUGAAGGUUAUUGGAUAAGCUUGGUAAUUUAUCCAUUUUGGUCCACAAAGGAUCACAUAUAUUAAACCAGAUGCAGGUAUAAACCACAAUUUUCCAGUGCUGGAGUUCUAUAGAAGACCAUUGAGCAUACACAUAAGAUACAUGCUACCAACUACAGUUUUAUAGCAAAUUAUAUAAAGAAUAUUGGAAAUAUGAGGCCUAUGGCCUCAUCUCCCCUGUCUAUUUGCAAGUCUGUCCUUCACACAUUGUUACUGAUUGGAACUUAGGAGUUCCAGUCCCUACAAAAGGUAUUGUAAUUGAGGUCUACUUUAACUAAUUAUGUUAAAAGAACCUAAGGUAAUUUUCUAUCAAUAUUUGUGUAUCAUCUGAAGGCACAUGGUUUCCUGAACUUAAUCAGGUCUGUAUCUAAUUGGUAGAAUAGGAAGGGAUAUUGUCUUGGGAACCUUAUGUAUGCUGCAUUGAGUUCCAUGGAAGAAAAACAGGAUAUAAAGAAAAUGGAUAAAAAAACCUAAUAUUAACAUUAUAUAUUAAACACUUUUUAACUUGCAAAUAACUAAGUUAUUCUAAAGCA